AUGGAAGACGCCGUUCUUAAUCUUAGACGUAGAGAAAGAAUGUAUCGACAGAUGAAGGAUGAAAAGGAUAAUCUGAUUUUAAAUAUUCAAAAUGUCAUGUGGAGAAUAGCUGAAGCAGCUACUAAAACAGAAAAGGUCAAUGAUGUUGUUUCCGAGUGGUUAAAUGAUGCGCACAAGCUCAUAAAAAAGGUUGAGAUAUGGGAUAAUCCUGAGAGAAAAUUUGAGCUGUAUGAUAAAAUGCUAUAUAAAAUAAAGACACAAAAUUCCAAAUGUAAAUUUGAACCUUUUUCCAUCCCAAUUCCAACUAUAGAAUACUCUUCUUCUACAAAUUUUGUGUGUUUGAAUUCUACAAAAGUAGCUUCAGAUCAGCUUUUGGAGGCACUAAGUGACAAGAGAAACCAUAUAAUUGAAUUGUAUGGUGAUAAAGGCUCUGGUAAAACAGAAUUAGUAAAAGCAGUGGGUGAGAAAGCCAAGUAUUUAAAGAUCUUUGAUGCAAUUUUAUUUGCCACUGUGUCUGAAAAUCCAAAUGUGUCAAUUCAAGACCAAAUUGUAGACUCGAUGAAUUUGAAACUUGACAAAAAUACUGAAGGUGCAAGAGCAAUAAAAAUAUAUUUGAAAUUAGAAAGUAAGGAUUCAAUUCUUGUGAUCUUGGAUGAUGUUAGGGAAUACCUUGAGUUAGAUGGUAUAGGUAUUCCUUGUAAUGGUAAUCGGUGUAAGGUUCUUUUGACCACGCGUCGCCAACAAGAAUGCAUACAUGAUGAUUCCUCAUCCAAUUUGUUAGAUGUUGCAAGGAAAGUUGCUUUGGAAUGUAAAGGGUUACCUAGUACAAUUAAGGAUGUGGGAUCUUCCUUAAAAUGUAAACCUAUUAAGGAGUGGGAAGCGUUUUCUUUAUCAAGCUUUGUGCGAGAGGGAUUCAAGACCUUCAUGGAUAAGGAUGGAUUAGAGGGUGGAAAUCAAAUUUCACGAUCACUUAUUAAAGCAUCAAGACUUUCAAUUAUUGUUUUCUCUAAAAACUAUGCAUACUCCUCUUGGUGCCUUGAUGAACUUGUUACUAUCCUAGAGUGUAUGAAGAAAAAGCACCAAGAAGUUUUGCCAAUCUUUUACAAAGUAGUACCUUCCGAUGUGAGGCAUCAGAAAAAUAUUUAUGGUGAAGCAAUGGCUAAACAUGAAAAGGCAUUUGAAAAUGAUUCUGAAAGGGUGAAGAGAUGGAGAUCAGCUUUAUCUGAAGCUUCCAACUUGUCUGGAAUGCAUUAUACUACAGAGUAUGAAUAUGAAUUUAUCCAAAUGAUCGUCGAAAGUGUUAGUAACAUGAAAAAUCGUUUAUACCUAAAAAGUAAGGAUAUUAACUAG